AUGAAGCUGGCCGAGGGUUCCUAUAAUAAAGUAUUCCUUCUGUCUCUCGACAAUUCCAAGGAGGUCAUUGCGCGUAUCAGGACGCCACAUGCAGGCCCGCUGCAUUUUGUUACCGCUAGCGAAGUCGCGACGAUGGACUUCGUGCGUAAUCGCCUGGGUGUUCCCGCACCAGCCGUUUUCGCCUGGUCGUCCCGAAGCGAUCAAACUCCUGUGGAACCAGAAUACAUAAUCAUGGAAAAGGCUCCCGGUGUAGAGGCUUCUGCUGUGUGGCCAAAACUGUCUGAGAGCCAGCAGCAGCAAAUGGUUAUGAAGUGGGCAAUACUGGAGAAGUCCCUCAUGGCCCCUAUAUCUGGGGGAUACGGUAGUCUCUAUCGCAGGGCGUCCUUAAAGCACUCUCAAGGUCAAGGUCUUUCCGUUGGAGGCAAGCGUGACGCCGACUUUGUCGAGGGUCCUCGCGUCUCCAGGAACUUCUGGUCCAUCGAUCGAUCGAGCACGGAUGUAGACCACGGACCUUGGGAUAACCCGUUAUCCUAUGUUCUUGCCAUAGCGACCUGUGAGCGAUAG